UGAAGCCUUUUGGAUUUCAUGAAGCCUGCUUCAGGACAUUUCAGUCGUCAUGGACAAGAGUCCCGGUCUCUUGCGUCGUGGCUCUUUGAAUCCAGAGGGGACCCUGAGAGAGAUCCAGAUCAACUUGCUGGAGUGUAAAGUCUGCUUCGAGACGUUCAGUUCUCAGCAGAGGGAGCGCAGGCCUCAGAACCUCUCCUGCGGUCAUGUACUCUGCCUGGAAUGUGUCACUGCUUUGUCCCACCCUCUGCUGAGGAAGCUGGAGUGCCCGUUCUGUCGACAGCUGUGCAGCGCUGACAGCACCUCCCACUGCCGGGUUCUCAGUGACCUGCAGGAGCUUCUGUUGUCCCAGAGGCCCUCAUCCUCUGCUGCUGCUCCUCCUCUGUGCAGAACUAAAGAAGGAUCUCUCUCAGCCACAGGUCUGCACCUUCGCACUGUGUUCGGAGGUUGGGGGACUCUUGUCAACCCCACUGGAAUAGCUGCUUUGGGGUCUUCUGGUGCAUUAGCUGUGGUGCACGAUGGAGCCAAGAGGGUUGUGGUGUUCAACCAACAGGGAAGGAAGCUGAACAGUUUUGGGCGAAGAGGAGAAGCCACUGGGGACAUCUGUUACCCAGUGGAUGUUGCGGUGACUCCAACUGGUUGCGUUGUGGUGACAGAUGCAGGGGCUAAAGCUGUGAAGGUUUUCACCUCCAGGGGGAAUCACGUGGUCACGGUCAAGGGUUCAUUCCAGAUGCCCUGGGGGGUGGACACAAACGGUGAUGGUCACAUCCUGGUUUCAGAUGUCCAGGCAGGCACGCUGUCCCUGGUGAAAGUGGACUACGGUCACGGUGUCAUUCUGGAGUGCCGUACAGUGAUUUCCAACCUUCAGCGUCCCAAAGCAGUGGCCUGUUGUCGAGUGGCUGGGAACACUGCAGUGAUGGAGCAUCCAACGGAGAGGCACCAGCACAGAAAGCUAAAAGUCUUUACCAAAGACUUCCACCUUCUGUACCAGAUGGACAGCUUCAGCCUGAACCUGCAGUUUGGUUUGAGGCUGAACAUGUCAGGAUUGGCGUUUGACAGAGACGGAGAAGAUGUGUUACUGACUGACUCUGAUCAGGGAUUGGUUUGUCGGUUAGGAAAGCUUCAAAAUGACGCGGUGCUAGCUCCUCUGGUGGGGAGCCAUCUUGUCCGACCGGUUGGGUUGGUGGCACUGAACAACGUGUUCAUCAUCCUGGAUGGUGGUGACCAUUCUGUGAAGAUUUAUUCUGUUUAAAUUCGAAUCUCGAACCACAAAAUGUAUCAAGAAUCCCAAAGCAGGGAAAAGAGUGCAAAAAAUAA